AAUGCACAUAGCUUUGGUGCAAACCAAACCAAAGUCGUUAAAAUUAAACGACUAAUUUUAUAAAUUCAAUGCCUUUCAUCUGAGAAACCAAAAAGGCAGUGAUCAAAGUUUUUGAUUUGUUUAGACUUGCAGUUAAUAAGCCUGGGGAGCGAGAGAGAAGAGAAGAGACGGAGAAAAAUACAACACAUCCACACGUGUGUCUCAUGCUGGACCUGAAAACAAUUUGUUUCAAUAAUUUAGAAGUGUGAUUUUACUGAUUUAACGAUGACUAUCAAAAAGAAGAUUGGAAAGCAUCGUAAAGAUAAGUUCUACCAGCUAGCUAAGGAAACAGGGUAUCGUUCUCGUGCCGCUUUCAAGCUUAUUCAACUGAAUCGCAAGUUUAGUUUCCUUCAAAGCUCCCGAGUAUGUGUCGACUUGUGUGCUGCUCCUGGAGGGUGGAUGCAAGUCGCCAGGAAGAAUAUGCCUGUCUCAAGCAUCGUUGUUGGUGUGGAUUUAUACCCUAUCAAACAGAUCCCAGGCUGUAUUGGAAUUGUUGGUGAUAUUACUACAGAAGAAACUGCCAAACAAAUAGAAAAAGAAUUGCAAACGUGGAAGGCUGAUGUCGUUUUGCAUGAUGGUGCCCCUAAUGUUGGUAAAAACUGGUUACAUGAUGCCUAUACGCAGAUAACUCUGACACUCAGUGCACUUAAAUUGGCAACAAGAUUCCUUCGAAGUGGAGGAUGGUUUGUGACCAAAGUUUUCCGCUCAAAAGAUUAUCAUGCACUUGUUUGGGUUUUGAAACAGUUGUUUAAAAAAGUCCAUGCAACUAAACCACGAGCUUCCCGUGCUGAAUCAGCUGAGUUGUUCGUUGUGUGUCAAGGGUACAUAGCACCAACUCGCCUUGACCCUCGCUUCCUUGACCCUAAGUAUGUGUUUGAAGAGUUGGAGUUGGAGCCCAAAUCAAGAACUGUUGACGUAGUGCAUCCUGAGAAAGUGAAGAAGGCUCCUGCUGUUGGGUACCGAGAAGGGGAUUUCCUGCAACACAGUACUAUUACUGCAAAAGAGUUCAUUCAGCACACUGUUGCCGUUGAGGCUCUCGCUGGACUUGCUGAGAUUGUAUUUGAGGAUGACGAAGUAAGCCAGCAUCCUGCAACAACACCAGAAAUCCGAGAAUGUUGUAAAGAUAUUAAAGUUUUGGGUCGCAAAGAUAUCCGUGGACUUUUGACUUGGUGGAAGACUGUUAGGGCAGACCUAAUUGGUAAAGUUGAUGUAAAAAAAGAACAUGAUACUGAAGGAGAAGCUGAAGGGAAAGAGGAAUCGGAUGAUGAGAAGAUAUCUCUUAUUGAUGAGGAGGAGUUAGAGAUGGAAGAAGUUGAUAAAAAGAUUGAUGCUUUAACAGAAGAAGAAAAAGCUGAGGUUAAAAGGAAACGGAAGAAAACUAACAAGGAGCGAGCUAAACUUCAAGAAAAAAUGAAUUUGAAAAUGGUUUUGAAAGGUGACCUUGGUCCUGUCAUUGAAGAAGCUGAGGGUUUUAAUCUGCGUACCAUCAAUAACGUUGUGGAGUUGAAUGCCAUGAGUGAACAGGCUCCUGAAGUAAUGGUGGAAUCAGAAGAAUCUGACGAUGAUACUCCAAAACCUAAGUUCGAAAGAUACGAUAAAGAAAAGACUCGCUUAGAUAAGUCAGGACUAUUUUACAAAGAUAGUGAUGACAGUGACCCUGAAGCGUCUAGUGAGGAGGAAGAUGACGAGAAAUAUAUGCAGGAUGGUUUAGGGUUCAAUGAUAGUGAUGAUGAUGGUCCAAAAAAAACCAUUAAAAAAACAGAUGAAAAGAAAACAAAGAAAAAGAAAGCUGUCACAUUUGCAGAUGAGGGCGAUAAGGGUGAUACUGAAAAAGCAGCAAAGCCUGGUGAUUCGGGUACUUUAAAUCCUCUCAUUACAGAUCUUGAUCCUAGGCCAAAAAAAGAUAAAAGGACUAUGAAAGCAAACCUGUGGUUUGAAAAGGACACAUUUAAAGGACUUAUGAGUGAGGGUGAUGAAGAUUUUGAAUUAGAUCAGCUUGCUGCCGAAUACAAGAGAAAAGGAGGACGCAUUGUUGGAGAGGAUGCAGCUUUUAAAAGAAGUAGAACUGAUUCAAUGGAUAAUUACUCUGAUGACUCAGAUGAUUCAAUGAAUAGCGAUUAUAAUGUUCAAGAGGCAGUUGGCAAUAAACUCAGCAAAGCUGAGAAGAAAGCUAAAAAAUCCGAAGAGAAUGGUUUUGAAGUUGUGCCCCAAGGAGACAAAAAGACCAAAAAAGUUAAGUUGGAUGAGGAGGGACUGGCUCUAGGUGCAUUAAUGGUUUCCUCUGCCAAAACUAAGAGGGAUAUUGUCGAUUCUGGUUGGAAUAAAUGGGUUUUCAAUGAUGAUAAUCUCCCAGAUUGGUUUGCUGAAGAUGAGAAGAAGCACAUGAAGAAGGCAACACCUGUACCACAGGAGCUGAUUGAUGAGUACAAGAGAAAAAUGGAGGAAAUCAACAUUCGACCCAUCAAGAAGGUGAUUGAAGCUAAAGCCAGGAAGAAGAGACGUGCUGUCAGGAAAUUGGAGAAGGCAAAGAAGAAGCUGGAAAAUAUCAUGGACAAUGUUGAUAUGUCAGAUAAGGAGAAAUCUAAACAAAUCAAGACGCUGUAUCGGAAGAACAAGGAGAAGAAGAAGGAAGUGACUUACGUAAUUGCUAAGAAGAGUGGAGCAAAGAAACAGAUAAGAAGGCCAAAGGGUGUUGAAGGACCAUACAAGGUGGUUGAUCCUCGUAUGAAGAAGGACAACCGCAAGCAAAAGACGGCUUUCAAGAAACAAGGCAGUAAGGGUAAGAGCACUAAACCUGUAAAUAAAGCAGCUGUAAGAAAAAUGCAAAGAAAGCAAAGAGUGCAACAGGCAUCGAAAAAGAAAGCUUAAAUCACUGUAGAUUAUUUGUAUUUCCUACAAAUGUCACCUAAAUUAUACACUUCAAUGCCACCUUUUACCUGAAUGCAAUGACUGUCUUGAUUAUUUGGUCUGUUUACUGUGAUGUACAGAAUGAAAUCAAUGUGAAGUACCUUUAGGUUUGUUAUUUACAUCAUUCUGUAUUUAUUAUAAUAAUUUUAAGGCUGUAAUUAUAGUUAUGAGGUUGUACAAA